UUACAGAUGCGAUAAGUGUGGAAGACAGUAUUCCCAGCAACCAAAUCUAUGCAGACACAAAAAAUACGAAUGUAAUAAAAUUAGGAUGUUUCGAUGCCAGUACUGUGAUUAUGCGGCAUAUCAGAAGAGCCACUUGAAGACCCAUGUGCUUAGGAGGCACUUCCAAUGAAUAUUGGAUUUAGUGUAUCGAUGGCAAUACGGGUGAAAUCAGAACCAGAAGAAUUCGAAGAAGAGGCAGUGGUAGUCGAAGAGCAUCCCUUAGAAAUAGCAAGAAAUGAGAGAAUAUACAAUCAGCAGGUCUAUACUUCUAAGAUAGUCGAGACGUUGUAUUCCUGCAAUAACUGUCAAAAACAGUUUUCUUCACAAGCAGGCUUCCGUUCUCAUAAGCAGUUUGAUUGUGAGAAGACUAAGCUGUUUAGAUGUCCCUAUUGCUUCUACGCUGCAUUCCAUAUAGGUAGGUUGCAGAAGCACGUCGUUAAGAAGCACCAGGCGAAUCUUGAGGAAUUUCGUUGUACUAUCUUGAUGGCAAAGAAGGCGUAUGAGAAAAAAUGAUAUAAAUCAAACUUGUUACAUGAAUGUUAUGAGAGUGGUGACAUGAAAACGGCCUGAAUUUGUUAAUCGUUUUAGAGUUUUACCUUCAGUAUCUGAUGUCCUGGACAAUGAAUGUUUUCGUAGUUUUUGUUUUGUUUAUUUAUCUGUGUAGGUCUCAUGAUUGUAUAUUUUUGAUAUACGAUGAAUCAUGUUAUGUCCUGGAUAAUGAAUGAUUUUAUAGUUUUUGUUUUGCUUAUUUUUCUUUGUAGGUUUCAUAAUUGUAUAUGUAUGAUAUACGAUGAGUUAUGUUAUGUUUUUGUUAAGAAAUUGUUAACACGAGAAACCUAUAUUAUUA